AACUAAAUUAGUUUGGGAAUAUGUAUAAUAUAAUGAAAAUGAAAUAUUAUAAAUAGAUGAGUUUUUUUUAAAAUAUUAAUAAUAAAUAUAACCUUUAAUUAAUUAAAAUCUUAUGGAAUCAAUAUAAAAUAUAUACAAGUGCAUAGGUGCAAAACCCCAUCCUUAAAUGAGCGAAGAUCUAAUUAUUUAAAAUGAAAAAGUAACAAAAAACUAAAUAGCGAAUGAAGAUUAAUAGCAAAAUAAUUAACCAAAAUAAGAAUAAGAUAAAGGCUAAUAUUUAUUAUUUUAAAAUAGAAAAGUUGAUUAUUUGGCAAUAAAGAUUCUUUAAUUAAUUGUUCCUUUUUUUAAUAAUUUUUAUGCGUUAAAAUUUGUUAAUAAUGACUUAGAUGAGCAUGUGAUUACUCAAAUCCUUUAAUUAAUUUAAUAAAAUAAUCAUAUAAAUAAGCUUUUUUUUGAAUGGAAUGUUUUAGAUUAGCGUUUAAAAGAAGUUUUUAUUCCUCAUUUAGCUAAUACCAAUUUAGAAUUUUUAAUUUUAAGAAGUAAUUAAGUUAAUGAUAAUGUAUUAAAAUUGCUAUGUGAAUAAAUAAAAAAUAACCCAAAUUGUUAAAUUAAAUACAUUGAAUUAUAUAAUAACACUUUUACUAAAGAAGGAUUAAAUUAUUUAGGAUUACUAUUUGAAAGUUACCAUAAAAUAGAAUAUUUAGGCUUAGCUAAAAAUAAUAUUAAAAGUUUAGACGACGUAAAAGAAAUACUAACGAGAGUAGGAAAAAAGAUAUUAACACCUGAAGAGCUUUCACAUUAUAGAGAUAAAGAAAAAGAAAGGGAAACAUUAAUUGCAAAAGCUACAAAAUAAAAAAGAAAAAUUAAUGAGGAUAUGCUUCCUUAUUUAGAACCAUUGUUAUAAGUAGCUGAAGGAUAGUUUGCAUUAUUUAAAAAUGGAUAAGUUAAAAUGAUUAAUUUAAGUUUGAAUUAUAUAAGUGAAUAAGAUAAUGAUUUUCUUGAUAAAUUUUUAGUUAAUUAAAAUGAAGAAAUUUAGUUAGUUUUAUUAGCGAAUAAUUUCGAACCUAAAAUUAAAGAAAAACUUAAAAAAAAAUACAAGAAAAAUUUAUAAAUAUGA